UUCAGAAACAUAUCAGCUUGUUAGUGUAGACGAAUAUGGUAUUGUUAUUGUAUGGACAGUAAUUACUGAAGAACAAUCAAUCCGAAUAAAUGAUCAUGAUCUUGGCCAACGACCAGGAGCAAAACUGAAAAUGAUACAAACAUCAGUGAUACGACUUGAUAGUAUUCUCUUUAGUAACUUAAAUUUAUCGCAAAAGACAACCGUAAACUGUAUGACCAUGGUUCCAACCAAUCGGGCACAAUUUCUGCUUGGUACCAAUCGUGGUAUCGUUACCAGUUUUGUUUCAAUCAAAGCAAUCAAAUUUAUUGGUCCAAGGAUGUAUCGAAAUGAUUUCGAAAUGGCAACAGAAGUGGUAUUUAUUAGCUUUUCGUCGGAAUCCACAUUUUUUUCGAUCGGAUUUUCGAGCGGACACAUUUCAUUAUGUGAAAUUUCCAAUGCGCAACCAAUUCUAACUUUGGAACCUCCGGAACGAAACCGGAAACCGUUGUUGCGAGUAUUUUUCUCAUCAACUAAUCCUACUGUUCUCUAUGCGAUUCACAGUCAUGGAUUGUUGCUGACGUGGGAUUUAGCCAAAAGUAGGAAACCGGAAUUCGUAGAUGACCUGAAUUUGAAAGAUGACUGCGAAGUGACCACAGCUGAAUUAUGGCAGUAUGUUGUGGCCUCAACAAAUCCAUGCAUAAAUCUUUUGGCAAUCGGUUUCAGUAACGGAGAAGUGCAACUGCAUGGUUUGUCGAAAUCAUCAUCCAAUCGUGAUGAUAGAAAACGGAAUAAAUCAUUAUCAAAUGCUAUUAAAGCAUUUAAUGACUUGUAG